AUGGCAUGCAGUACAAUGCUUGCCGUCGUGGUGAAAGGAUUUGCCAAUUGGCGUAAGGUACUCGUCGACUGUUGCCCAGGGUGUGCCAGACGUACAGGAUCGGAUGAAUGCGGCAAGAGACGCGUAACAGCAACAGCGACGAAGCGCAUAGUGGGCGGCACUCAGGCGUCGCCGGGCGACUGGCCGUUCCUCGCCGCCAUCCUCGGCGGGCCCGAGGAGGUCUUUUACUGCGCGGGAGUACUCGUCGCGGACCAGUGGGUGCUUACUGCCUCGCAUUGUGUUGGCAAUCACUCGGACGUGACCGGUUGGACGAUCCAGUUGGGCAUAACGCGGCGGCAGGCGCACGCGUACUACGGGCAGAAGGUGAAGGUGCGUCGCGUGGUGCCGCACCCGCAGUACAAUCUCGGUGUCGCGCACGACAAUGAUAUCGCGCUCUUUCAGCUGGCCGUGCGCGUACGCUACCACGAGCACCUGUCGCCCGUGUGCCUGCCGCCCGCGCACCGCGAGCUGCAGCCCGGUACGGUCUGCACCGUCAUCGGUUGGGGAAAGCGCGACGACAAGGACAUGUCGGAGUAUGAACCGUCCGUGAACGAAGUGGAAGUGCCUGUGUUGAACCGCGACCUUUGCAACCAGUGGCUGGAACAUCGAGACCUGAACGUCACCGACGGUAUGAUCUGCGCCGGAUACAAGGAAGGGGGCAAAGACGCGUGUCAGGGUGACUCCGGCGGACCGCUCCUCUGCAAAGACCCCGACGAUCCAUCGCGCUGGUACGUGGGCGGCAUCGUCUCUUGGGGCAUCAAGUGCGCCCAUCCGCGACUUCCCGGCGUCUAUGCUUACGUACCCAAGUAUGUUCCCUGGAUCAUGCGACAAAUCGAAAUGUAUAACGACGAUAAUGCCAUGUCGGACAACUCGAUUUGAGGACGCAGGAGUAAACCCAAAAGAAGACGUAUUAAACCUGGACAUGACUUUAGUGGUUAGGAUAGCGCUCUUGUGCGAUAUGCGUCACCAGUUUGCACGCCAGAUGGCGCUGCGGUGCAGUGACGUGUAAGGCAAACGGAGCAAAUUGUAACGGAGAAGUAAUUUUUUUACGAUGACUUUAAAUUAAACGACAAUAAUUAAAGUAAACGACAAUAAUAAUGAAAAAUGUGUGACAAUAAAGGCGAAAUACUUGAAAUGGCUAAAUAAUUUUACAUAUCACUCGAAUAUCGUGUGAAGUAAAUUAUGUGCAGCUGUGAUACUAUGAAAUUCUUUGUAAAGAAAUU